AAAGCAGUUUGUUUGAUUAAAUAUGCGCCGAAGUGAGCAGCGGAACCUGCAGAUUCCAGUUAAUGUGUAAAAUCUGCAAUAAGUUCUACGGAGUUCUGAAGGAAACGAGCGAACUCGUAAAUUCCAGAUUUUUUAAAGAAGGUUCGGCUUGUUUUUCUCAACCUGAACAGAACCGUGAAGUUCGUCCUGAAGGGGGCGCUGCAGCUGAGACCAGUGACAUCAUUCAUCCAGCUGUUCAGGUGUUGGGUCACGUCACCAGCAGAACCAGCCCGGUCCGGUCCGGUCCGGUCCGGUGGCGGCCAUGUCUAGACCUCUGAGGAUCCUCCUGUCAUGUCCACCAACCCGCCGCUGCUCCAGCUUCGUGUCCAGGAUGAGGUUGGUGAACCGGCUGAAGGCGGACGAUGAUGCGUGCGCUGCAGCGCUGCACGGCGGUCGCAUCUUCCUGUUCCACAGUCUGUCUCCGCUGCUGCAACGCACCGACAGAGGAACCUUCAGAACAUCAGCACUCACCGGCUCAGACUUGCAGUCGAUUCUGAAGAAACUCGGUUCAGACGAGUCUCUGUUGAAGGAGUCGGUUCUGAUUGGCUGUUCUGAGCAGAACCAGGCUCAGUUCUGUUUGGACGUUGGUAAGAACACAGUCAAUCCAGGUUACAGCAGGUUCUGGUCAUGUUCUGGUCUGUGUUCAGGAGAACUGGAUCAGGCAGCAGUAGAAGAACAGUGUGGUGGAACCUUUGUGGAUCUGAGGAAAGCCUUCUUUCUUCUAACGAGCGCUGAGGCGCCUCUGGUGGCCAAGGGUCAGGCUCUGCUACGCUGGCAUCAGACCAACAGAUUCUGCAGCGCCACGGGUCAGCCGACCCACCGGAACCAGGCGGGCAGCCAGAGGUUCUGCAGCAGCGGCUCCGCCAUCUACUACCCAAAGAUGUCUCCGGUGGUCAUCGUCCUGGUGUCUGAUGGGACUCGUUGUUUGUUGGGCCGCCAGGCGUCCUUCCCUCGGGGGAUGUACAGCGCUCUAGCUGGCUUCUGUGACAUGGGUGAGACUCUGGAGGAGGCUCUGUGCAGGGAGGUGGCAGAGGAGGUGGGUCUGGAGGUUCAGAACAUCUCCUACAGCUCCUCACAGCACUGGCCUUUUCCUCACAGCUCCUUCAUGCUGGGCUGCCACGCCUCUGUUAGCCCCGCCCACUCUCAGCUGAACGUGGACCACUCGGAGCUGGAGGACGCUCGCUGGUUCUCUCUGGAUGAGAUCACCUGCGCUCUGCAGGUGAAGUCUCCGCCCAGGAGAGGCGACCCGCCCGUCUUGUGGCUGCCGCCGCCACACGCCGUUGCCAACCGCCUCAUCAGGGAGUGGGUGGACCGCCAACGACGUGGCGAGGACAGACCGUGACGUCCAAUCACGGAGCUCCCAGAGGAGGUGACCACACGGGUUCCUGACACAUCUGUGACGUGUUCCUGACGUUCUCCUCACAUGUUCCUGACACCUGUUCCCACCAUUUUCUCACACAUGAAACACGUAUGUUGAGGUUCUGCGUGUUCUCCACCUUGUCACAGGAACAGAGGAACACAGUUCAGAAGUCCAUAGAGAUUCUGUCCGGUUUCAGUUCUGCUGGUUCUAAAGGACACGUUGAAGAGAAGCAGACUUUGUGCCUUUAUUUUAUUUAAACUUCUGGAUGGUUUGGUGUCAUUUUAAUGAACACUUUUACAUGUUUUGUGAUUCUACAAACUUCAGUAAUCAUUUCUGCUGUAAAACAGAACUACCUCUGAAUUAUUUCACAGUUUGUUGAAUAAGCUGAGCAUUUUAAUAAAACGUGUAUUUAAUGAAUUUAAAA